CCAACUCCAAACGCCAUAGACGAAUGCAGGGAGCUGGCUGGCCGAGUGGCGAUAAUAUCAGUAUAUCACAGAGAAGCUAACCAUCGAAAUUCGAAAGGCCACUCUGUUCAACCUCCAGGAAUGUGAUCUCAUGCAUAUAUACGCCGAUUCUCAACCUUCUUCCGGAAAAUAUUCCGGCAAAAUUAGAACUACAGUCUCCACUCAAUAUCUUCUUUGAUAGAAUUAGUACUUUCUCCCCUCACUGGUAUUAGCUGAUAUCCGGUUUUUGGGAUAUCGAUGGGAUUGAUGGUGGUAGUGCACUGAUGUCAUUGUUCUGGAUUGUGAUUCGUCAUCUUGCAGAGUUCGAGGCAAUGGCUACAUCAAAAAAGGUAAUUACUAGAGAAGAGUGGGAAAAGAAGCUCAAUGAUGUGAAGAUUAGGAAAAGUGACAUGAAUAAAUUGGUGAUGAACUUUCUUGUCACUGAGGGUUAUGUUGAUGCUGCUGAGAAAUUCCGGAUUGAGUCUGGAACUGAACCAGAUAUAGAUCUUGCAACAAUCACAGAUCGCAUGGCUGUUAAGAAGGCGGUACAGUCUGGAAAUGUGGAGGAUGCAAUUGAGAAAGUUAAUGAUUUAAAUCCUGAGAUACUGGAUACAAAUCCCCAACUGUUUUUCCAUCUUCAACAGCAGCGGUUAAUAGAAUUGAUUCGAAACGGAAAAGUGGAAGAGGCUUUGGAGUUUGCCCAGGAGGAGCUUGCACCCAGGGGUGAAGAAAAUCAGAGUUUCUUAGAGGAGUUGGAGAGGACUGUUGCCCUGCUGGCUUUUGAAGAUGUCACCAACUGCCCUGUUGGAGAACUUCUGGACAUCUCACAACGCCUGAAGACAGCGAGUGAAGUGAAUGCGGCUAUCCUUAGUAGCCAGAGUCACGAAAAAGAUCCAAAGCUUCCAAGUUUGUUAAAAAUGUUGAUGUGGGCUCAGAACCAACUUGAUGAGAAAGCUGCUUAUCCUCGAAUAAACAAUAUAUCAACAGCCAUCCUUGAAGAUCCUUCUGUUUGAAAAGCUAUAUGGUUGCCCUUUCAGUUCGAAAAGCUAUGUGGUGUUGUGGAAGUUCAACAUAGAAUGACAGAGAGUUGGAUGGAAUCAUCAAAUUGUGUAUUGUGUGACUAAAUGAUGACUCUUAGGCAGUUACUUGUUGGAUGAUGUUAGAAUUUGGUUGGCCCUCAUUCUCUUCCUCUGAAGAUAUUCAAUGGCUUAAACACCGGUGUAACUAUUUUUUUUUACUUUCAAUCUGCUUUGUCUGAA